AUGUCGUCUCGUUAUCAAUCUACAGAUGUUGACCCUUCUCCUCUGGGCAAACCCCUCCACUUCGCAUUUUCGAACCGCACCGUCCCCAACCGCUUCCUCAAAGGCGCCAUGGCCGAGAACCUAUCGUCCUGGUCUCCCACAGACAUCCCAUCUCGUGGCGUUCCAUCCGCCAACCUCGUCAACGUCUACCGCCGCUGGGGCCAGGGCGGCGUCGGUCUCCUCAUCACCGGCAAUAUCAUGACGGACUACGUCCAUUUCGAAUCAAAAGGGAACCCUGUGAUCGCUAGGGAUGCAGUUUUUGAAGGGGAGAGGUUUGAGAGCGACGUUCAACUCAAAGUUUCUUUUGGCACCACCAGUUUUGCUAAACCCCGCGCUGCGACUCUCGAGGAUAUUCGCGAAAUCACAAAAGCAUUCACCCAUGCCGCAGUUUACCUCGAAAAGGCCGGUUUCGACGGUAUCCAACUCCACGGCGCACACGGCUUUCUCCUUGCCCAGUUCCUCUCCAAGACGACCAACCUCCGUACAGAUGCUUAUGGCGGCUCUCUGACCAACCGUGCCCGCCUCAUCGUCGAGAUCGCACAAUCCAUACGUCGCGCGACGUCUCCUUCAUUCAUCCUCGGCAUCAAGAUCAACAGUCAAGAGUGGCAGGAUGGGGAAGGGAGAGGAGCCGGUGGAUUUUGGAGUGCAGGCGAAUGUGGAUGGGUUUUUGAGGGAUGUUGGGGAUUAAACGCAGCGAUUGGCAGAGGACAAGGAGGGGAAAGAGUAUGGGUAUUUCGAUCUGACGGCUGUUGGAGCGUGAGAUUCUGUAUAGGAGUGUGCGACUGAUAGUACCAGUGAGUGCAGACAUUAAAUUCGAUAGCGUGUGGAAU